AAGGACAAUCGCUCUCGUUUCUGGGGUGUGUACAAAAGAGUCGCAGAGGAGCACGACGGCGAGUUUCUCGAGCGAUACAACAGCGACAUGGACAUUGUUUUGGUCUUCUCUGGUCUUUUCUCCGCCGUUAGCACAUCUUUUAUCGUAGCGAUGGAGUCGAAUCUCAGUCCCGACCCCAACGAGACCACGCAUGCUCUUCUCACACAACUCGUACAAAUUGGACUCGGGAACUUCACUGCAGCGGGCUCUGCAGCCGCAGCGCCAGCAUCUUCGUGGUCGCCGUCGCCGAUGACUGUAUGGAUCCAAAUGAUCGCAUACACAAGCUUGUCUAUGAGCUUGCUCGCUGCUUUCGGGGCCGUACUGGGCAAACAGUGG